AUGUUGGAAUCUACAUUUCAGUCCAAACCCGACAACACAUUCGAAAUGUAUGUUGAGCUUCAAAUUCCUAAAGAAGAAAGAACAAUGGAUAUGGAGGAUCACAAAAUAGAAUCCCAAGAGAAGAAGAAGAAGAUCAGUAAAAGGGUUUGCCAUAUUUGCAGCAAAGAGUUCGAUUCGGGCAAAGCCUUAGGAGGCCACAUGAGAAUUCACCUCCAACUUCCAUCACACCUCAAAACUCACCCCACCAUCAAAAAGCCCAACAAUAAAAAACCCACUAUUAACCUUGGUUUGGAUAACAAUCACAAGAAACCAAAUUGCGUUUUGUGCGGCAAGAAUUUCCCGUCAUGGAAAUCGCUCUACGGGCACAUGAGGUGCCACCCGGACCGCGGUUGGAAGGGAAUUAAUCCCCCAUCCUUUUCUUCUUCUUCUUCAUCCGACUCGUCUUCUUUAUCCAAUGAAGACAAUAUGAAAAUAAUAAUAAAAAAAAAUCGAGCUCCAGUUGUCGACCUUGCAGCAUCAAUAAAAGGUUGGUCGGUCACUGCUGAACGAGGCCGCAAGGCUUCUUCCGGAACCUCUUCGGAGAUUUCGAGCGAGUUGCUUAACGCCGUGAAUUAUCUCCUCAUGCUCUCCAGAGGGGGGCCCACCAAUCCAAUUGGGAGUGUUGACUCGGUCAAAAAAGACGAGCAUUGGGAAAACAAAAGGAAGAAGAAAGCAGAUGAUGAUGAUGAUGAUGAUGAUGAUACUUAUUAUACUUGCGAUAAUAAGUCCUUGUCGAGCCACAACAAGCUCAAUGGUAUCGUGGUUCGUUUCGACCUCAAUGAGAUGCCUCCAUCUGAGUUAGAGUCAUCUCACCUCGAUUUCACUUGUUAA